AUGGACCAUCAUGCAUCAUCGACAUCUCUAGCUCUGCUCUCACUCUGUUUGCGUGCAUUUAUAGUAGUUCGAAUCACUACCAUUCACCCCAAUAUCCCGAGUCCCAAGGACAGUACCAAUCACAUCCUACGGCAUCGGCUUGGCGUCAUGAUUAUGGCACUGAUCGCCCCAGAACUCAUUCACGCCAGUGGUUCAGCGCUCAUCAAAUUACGAGAUAGUCCAAGGAUUCAGGAUAUUAAUUCAAAGUUCAAGUCAAUCUGGAAGGACUCAAAGGAGUCCGUCAAAGCAUAUGACUCAGCGGAGCAACGGGAAAUUUUGAAGAUCGGAUAUGUUGAUGACCCCCAGACCCUAACGAAAAACCAGAUCCACGACAAGAGCAAAGGCAAUGCGAUAUCGAAAGGAUUCAGCUAUGAGUUAUCACCUACACCGUUAUCAUAUCGAAACCACCCAGCUCGAAGCGGGGACACUCGCUUUUCAGUUCUCAACUUCCUGACCUAUGCUAGUGGUGGAAUAAGAGGCUCUCGACGUGCAAUGUCCGCAUCCAGUGUACUAGGGUUGGUGAAAGUGAAGGACUCGUCACUCGAGGCUCAGGAUAAUGACUCUCUAAUCUUCCGCCUGAUUCUCGAACUGAUCAUCAGCAGCGGAAUCGAAGAUUCGGACGCCAAUAGUCUCGUGUUUGCUCAUGGCGACCAUAUUUGA